AUGGGCGAUCCCCAGUGUAAGAUUGAGGUGGAGGAGGACAUUCCAGUCCAUGUGACCACAGAAAAUCCCUGUGAGAAGCCUGAAGGAAACAUCAUCAUGUUAUCUCUAGAUUAUAAAGAAGAUGAAGACAUCAGGCAGCGCUCUUCAGAAGAAUACUUCAUUACCUGUAAUGUACAUCCAGGACUUCACAAUGCAGAGCCAUCAAAUAAUUCCCCCAAGAAUGAGGAACUUUCUAAUGACCAAUCACAGAUUAUCAACCCAAGUCCAAAUCUAUCAUAUAAUCAUCCUAAACAUGAGGAAUCUUCUACUGAUCAAUCACAGAUUAUUACUCCAAAUAUAAGGCAGAAACAGAGUAAAAUGUUUAAUUGUGAGGAACGUGGAAAACAGGUCAGAUGUAAGUCAGAGCUUUCUGUACACAGAAGUCGUCACAAAGGAGAGAAGCCGUAUUCAUGUUCUGAAUGUGGAAAAUGUUUCAUAGAAAAAAAAGGUCUUGCUAAACAUCUUAGAAUUCACACAGGAAAGAAGCCGUAUUCAUGUUCAGAAUGUGGGAAAUGCUUUAACCGAAAAUCAAGCCUUGAUCUACAUAAAAGAAUUCACACAGGAGAGAAGCCAUAUUCAUGUUCAGAGUGUGGUAAAUGUUUUACAGUUAGAUCAAAUCUGCUUGUACAUCAGAGAAUUCACACAGGAGAGAAGCAAUAUUCAUGUUCAGAAUGUGGGAAAUAUUUUAGAGAUAAAAACCAUCUUACUACACAUCAGAGAAGUCAUACAGGAGAGAAACCAUUUUCAUGUUCAGAAUGUGGGAAAUGCUUUGCCAGGAAAUGCAAUCUUUAUCAACAUAAGAGAAUUCACACAGGAGAGAAGCCAUAUUCAUGUUCUGAAUGUGGAAAUUGUUUCAUAGAAAAAAAAGGUCUUGCUAAACAUCUCAGAAUUCACACAGGAGAGAAGCCAUAUUCAUGUUCAGAAUGUGGUAAAUGUUUUACAGAUAGAUUAAAUCUGGUUGUACAUGAGAGAAUUCACACAGGAGAGAAGCCAUUUUCAUGUUCAGAAUGUGGGAAAUAUUUUAGAGAUAAAAACCAUCUUACUACACAUCAGAGAAAUCACACAGGAGAGAAACAAUUUUCAUGUUCAGAAUGUGGGAAAGGCUUUACCCAGAAAUCAAGCCUUGAUCAACAUAAAAGAAUUCACACAGGAGAGAAGCCGUAUUCAUGUUCAGAAUGUGGAAAAUGUUUCAUAGAAAAAAAAAGUCUUACUAAACAUCUCAGAAUUCACACAGGAGAGAAGCCGUAUUCAUGUUCAGAAUGUGGAAAAUGCUUUACCAAGAAAUUAAGUCUUGAUCGACAUAAGAGAACCCACACAGGAGAGAAGACAUGUUGA